GACAAUGUUUCUGACGCUGAGGACAAGGUUCCUGGCGCUGAGGACAAGGUUCCUGGCGGUGAAGACAAAGUUCCUGGCGCUGAGGCCAAGGUUACUGGCGGUGAGGACAAGGUUCCUGGCGCUGAGGACAAGGCUCCUGGCAUUGAGGAGAAGGUUCUUGACGCUGAGGACAAGGUUCCUGACGCUGAAGAUGAGGUUCCUGACGCUGAUGAGAAGGUUCCUGUCGCUGAGGACAAGGUUCCUGGCACUGAGGACAACGUUCCUGGCGCUGAGGACAAGGUGCCUGGUGCUGAGAACAAGGGUCCUGGCGAUGAGUACGACAAGGUUCCUGACGCUGAGGACAAGGUUCCUGGCGGUGAGGACAAGGUUUCUGGCAUUGAGGACAAGGUUCCAGACGCUGAGGACAAGUUCCCUGACGCUGAAGACAAGGUUGCUGACGCUGAGAACAAGGUUUCUGGCGCUGAGUACAAGGCUCCUGGCGCUGAGGACAAGUUUUCUGGCGUUGAGGACAGUGUUCCUGACGCAGAGGACAAGUUUCCUGGCGCUGAGGACAAGGUUACUGACGCUGAGGAAAGGUUCCUGCCGCUGAAGGCAAGGUUCCCGGCGCUGAGGACAAGGUUUCUGAUGCUGAGGACAAAGUUCCUGUUGCGAAG